GGUGAGCCCAGGCCGACUUCAGCGACGGGGUUAGGAGUGGUAAAAGUCGACAACAGAAGCUGUUUUUCUUUUCUCUCGUCUUCUCAGAGAGAUUGGAGUGAAGCUAGGGUUAGUGUUGGGUAUGGAGAUUACAGAGAAGAAGGAAGCGGAGAGCAAGGGCUUGAACCCCCAAUCCGUGACUGAAGCGACCUCAUUCAAUAGUGACAAAGAAGCCGAAGAUCGGGAACGCCAGGCUCGUGAUCUCAAAGCUGGUCUUCAUCCCCUGAAGCACAAGUUUGUAUUUUGGUACACUCGUCGAACACCUGGAGUUCGAACCCAAACAUCAUACGAGGACAAUAUAAAGAAAAUUGUGGAUUUCAGUACGGUUGAAGGUUUUUGGAUUUGCUAUUGCCAUUUGGCCCGUCCAUCUGCUUUGCCUAGCCCAACUGAUUUGCAUCUUUUCAAAGAGGGAAUUCGCCCUCUAUGGGAGGAUUCUGCUAAUUGCAAUGGUGGUAAGUGGAUAAUUAGAUUCAAAAAAGUCGUGUCAGGUCGCUUCUGGGAAGAUCUGGUUCUUGCCUUAGUGGGUGACCAACUUGAUUAUGGUGAUAACAUAUGUGGUGCUGUACUAAGCAUUCGUUUCAAUGAAGAUAUAUUGAGUGUGUGGAAUCGCAAUGCAUCCGAUCAUCAGGCUGUAAUGGCUCUAAGAGAUGCGAUCAAACGGCACUUGAAGCUUCCCCAUGGCUAUGUUAUGGAAUACAAGGCUCAUGAUGCUUCUCUCCGUGACAACUCAUCUUAUAGGAACACAUGGUUGAGAGGAUGAUCCUGUGGAUUCCCUCCUUAAGCAACCAUGUGGGAAUGGAAGUUCAGAUAGCUGUCCAUUGAGGUCCCUGCAGGAUCAAAAUCAGUUACUCCUAUAUUACCUUACAACUAGUUUGGUGGUUGUCGCUCUGAGUUUUAAUGUAAGACUGUAUUAGCUUCAACUGAAGUCAAAACUCUCAGUUUCGUUAAUGAAUUUGCUGGUUUUCACCA